UUUUCUCGGGUGUGCUAACACUUCUCGCUGAACUGGUGAUAACGUGUGAGGCCCAACUUCGCGCGUGAGUGAAUUUGUGCACCUGUACUAGACCAUCAGGCGCACCCAUGAGAGUCCGAAAAAUUGACGGAAAGAAACCUUUCUGCCGAGUCAGAGAACUGAGGAUGACCCAAGAGAUUCGGGAAUGUUUGGGCGAGGAGCGAUUCUCAAAAGUUGCCUCUAUUCUUCAGCUUCCUGUCGACGUCACCAGUAUGGGUUCUGAGGAGGCAGAAGAAAAACCAAUUGCUUCGAGUGCAGCAUCAAAAACAUCAUUCAUUUCUUGUGUUUUGCCGGAGCAGAAAAUCCUGUAUGCGAAAAAACGACGAUGCGUUCUUAUUGCCAACAGUCCAACACCAAAUAAAAUUGCAUCCAAGUUCUGCGCCUGGUUGAGAUCACUCGGGACCGACAAUAGCACGAGUAGUAUCAAUGAAGAGGUUUUGAAGGAACUCUUCGAGAUUCAGCUCGAAAAUCCUACCUCAACAGGCAUUGAAACGAGGAUCAAAGAAUUGCCGUUCCUACCCGACGUCAUUUCCGACGCCGAAAACAUCCCACAGAGGUCCUUCCGCGCUCUUCAUCGGCUGAAUAUUUUGAUGGACGCAAAAACUGUUGGAAAGUCCAUUGAUAGACCCAAAGUCUCAGCAGGAAGCGCCAAGAAAGGAUGGAAGUUUUCAAAAAGCCAAGCGGAGAAGAAGUAUACUCCCUCCGGGAUUGUACCGGAAGACAUCGCAAAAUUUGAAUAUAAAUUUUUUGAUGAUCCACCAAUUCAACUGGAAUGUUGAAAAUAUGAAACAAGUCUCUUGAAACUGAAGUAACGAAAA